AAAAAGUCCAGAUGACAUUAUGAUAUAACCACUUCGAACCCAAACACAUACGCCGUCAUUCGCAGCCAUACAUUUAAUAUUCAACCCCACACCUCCAAACAAACAAACAAAUAAAACCUCCUAAAACGUAGCAAAACAAAACGUAUGAAAAUACAAUCCUACAUUAUAAAUAUAACAUCAAUAAUAGAAAUAAAAAAUUAAGAAAGAAAAAAAGAAGAAUUAUCAGAAGCUAUCGAGAGUAGAUAUGAGCGGGAACGGUGAAAACAUCCACGCUUUCAUGGUCUCCUUCCCGGCGCAAGGCCACGUCAACCCGCUCCUCCGCCUGGGGCGGCGGCUGGCCAACUUCGGCGCAGCCGUCACCUUCUGCGCCCCGGAAGCCGCCGGCGCGAGCAUCCGCAAAGCCAGCAAGAUCAGCGACGCCGAGCAGCCCACCCCCUGCGGCGCCGGCUCCAUCCGGUUCGAGUUCUUCGACGACGGUUGGGACUUCGACAACCCCAACCGCGACGACAUCUGCGCCUACCUGGCUCAGCUGGAGGCCGUCGGCAGAGAGAAGCUCCCGCAACUGAUCGGCAAAGAGGCGGAAUUAGGGCGCCCCGUUUCGUGCGUCAUCAACAAUCCCUUCAUUCCGUGGGUUUGCGACGUGGCCAAGACUCUAGGCAUCCCCAGCGCCAUGCUGUGGGUUCAGUCCUGCGCUUGUUUCUCCGCCUACUACCAUUAUUACCACGGCGUCGUUCCGUUUCCGACGGAGCAGCACCCGGAAACGGACGUUCAGCUGCCGUGUUUGCCGCUCCUCAAGCACGACGAGUUUCCCGAUUUCUUGCAUCCUCGGACCCCGUACGUUGUCCUACGGGAUGUCAUCUUGGGGCAGUUCCGUAAUUUGUCCAUACCGUUUUGCGUAUUCAUGGAUACUUUUCAAGAGUUGGAACAUGAAAACAUCCAAUACAUGUCCGGACUCAUCGGCCGCCCCAUCAAGACUGUCGGCCCACUCUUUAAGGAGCUGGAGCGCCACGCCGGAGCUGCUUCUCAGUCCCAAUCCAAGGCGUUUCGUGCCGACUUCUUCGCGGCCGAGGAUUGCGUCGGCUGGCUCGACUCCAAGCCGCCGCGAUCGGUCGUGUACAUAUCUUUCGGGAGCAUCGUACACUUGCCGCAGGAGCAGGUGGACGAGAUAGCGAAUGGGCUGGCGGAUUCGUGGGUGGCGUUUCUGUGGGUGGUGAGGCCGCCGCCGCGGGAGAAGAACUGGAAGGCGCAUGUUCUGCCGGAGGGGUUUGUGGAUAGGGUCGGGGAGAGGGGAAGGAUUGUGCAGUGGAGCCCGCAGGAGGAGGUGCUGGCUCACCCAUCCACCGCCUGCUUCAUGACGCACUGCGGCUGGAACUCGACGAUGGAGGCGCUGGCCAGCGGGGUGCCGGUGGUGGCGUUCCCGCAGUGGGGGGAUCAGGUCACCAACGCCAAGUUUCUGGUCGAUGUUUAUAAGGUAGGGGUGAGGAUGUGUAGGGGGGAGGCCGAGGGGAGGCUGGUUCCCCGGGAUGAGGUGGCCACGGUGUUGGAGGCGGCGGUCACCGGCCCGCGCGCGGAGGAGAUGAGGACCAAUGCGUUGAACUGGAAGAAAGCGGCGGAGGCGGCGGUGGCGGAGGGCGGUUCGUCUUAUAGGAAUAUGCAGUACUUUGUUGAUGAGGUGGCACGCUUUAGUGACAAAUUAAAAUAGAGGUAAUAUGUUAAAGGGUUAACUGCAUAUAAAUUAUUCAACUUUCAAUAAAUUCUCGUUUUGCACAUAAACUUUAAAUUUUUUAUUAAAAUUAUUCAACUAUUAAUUUCUUCUCAUUUUGUAUAUUCGUUCAUUUUUCGAUUAAAUUUUAGGUUUUGAAAUGACGUUGUUUUCAUCCAACUAUACAAACAUAUUCAUGUCAAGCGAGUAUAUUUAUAUCAUGUUACCACGAUGAAAAAUUGACAAAUAUAUAAAAUGAGAAAAAAAUAAUAGUUGAACAAUUUUAAUAGAGAUUUUAAAGUUCAUAUGCAAAAUGAGAAUUUGUUGAAAGUGGUAAUUUAUAUGCAAUUAACCAUAUGUUAAAAUAGUAAUUUUGUUAUCCAUUUAAUUAAUAUUUAAUUUCUUUUUGUUUGUGUUCUCCGUU